UGGCGCAUCCAUCUCUGGGGCUUAUCUAGGCGCCUUAGGUGCUUGGUGUAUACUCAUUUGCUGAGGUUUUGAACGCCACCUCUCCAUCACCUGGCCAGAACUAAGAGGGAUCACAUGCUACCGCCUUAGUGGGACAGACGUCUGGAACGGCCCUCUUCAGCGCACUGCUGUUGUGCUGUCAGAGGGGGGCGUGGCGUAUGUGACCUCUGACAACGCGCAAGCGCGUGGAGAUGGCACCUGCUACACCAGACGAGGGACUUAUGUCGGGGGGCGAGGAUACUUCGCCGAAGACGAAAACAAAGAGACUCAAGAGGACGCCAACAGCAACCCCAAGGAAAAGAUCCUCCGCCCGCAAGGACGGGGACAGCAGCGGUAGCGGAAACUCAAAAAUAUUUCAUUAUUUUGGAGCUGGGUCGCCGGAGAAUGGAACGCCUAGGAAGAAACGGGCGACUUCGACACCUGCCGCUGGUGCAGCAGGGGAAGUUCCUCAGCUGGUACUACGGGUAACCAAACCGGCCAAAACCGUGUCGCCUCCGCCAGCGCCGACGUGGGGAAAGCUUGUCGAACCCCGCAAGCAGAGGCGGUGGGAGAUGCUGCGACGUCUGCAGGGCGGAGGCUUGGGCGGGGUUGACCCCACGGCGUGGGCCAGGCGAUCAUACUCCCUGAGUUAUACCCCGGUUUUCCAAGACUUGAGAACCCCAGGCAUGGGCAGUUCCAGCGGGUGGGGCUGGGCUUUCCAGAGCCAGGUGUUCGGCGGAGCGCGGGCGUGCCGUGCAUCGUCGAGCGUGCCGCCUCGCGACAGAAGCGACGAAACUGACGGCAACGAAGUGCCCGACUCUGUUCACGCAACCGCCGCCGCGGGCGGAAGAAGCAGAGCGUUACAGUCGAGGAACUUCAAGGCUAUGGUGGCGUGGCUGUCUUCCUCGCACGCCGCUUCGGCGGUCGCCGUCGCCGCCCCGGCCCCCGCGGCGGCGGGAGCUCUCCGCUCCCCGAGGGCGGCGGCGGAUCCCGCCGACAAAACCCUCCUCGAGAUCGCUCUCGAGCGACAAGAUGGCGGCCCUGCCACCGCCUUCAUGACUCUCAUGUCUCUGGCUCCGGAAGCGCUCGCGGAGGAGGCGGAGGCGGAGGCCAACGAGCCCCUCGCCCUGGCGCUGCGCCUCUACCACGGGGCAUCGACCUGGCGGCGCAUAUCACGGGACCCCCCCCCCCGGCGGCAAGGACCGGGGUCUCGCCUGCACCCGGAUGACCCCGGCCUCGCCGCCGCCGUCGACGAAGCCGACGACUGCGAACGCCGCCGGCGCUCGGGCGCCGAGCACGCGGGAGCGCUAGCGCUGCUGAGUGCCGGGUUGGCUGUCUCUCUGCGGGACGCGGGUGCGAAAGGAAGCGGUGGUCGCCAGGGGAAGUCUGGGCAGCGUGACGACCUCGAGGACCCCGACCUGCUGGCGGCGCUGGCUCUGCGGGAGGCGCUGACGGCGAGCGAGACGCGGUCGCUUGCGAAGGCGCUGAUACUGGGGGAUACUUCUUCGUCCUUGAGACGCGAGCCUGGCAGCAGCAGCAGCAGCAGCGGCUGCGGCUUGGGCGGGAAGGGGAGAGGUCGAGGUGCUGCCGUGGAGGGGAAGGACGAGACGUGCCGAGAACUGGAGGAGUGGCUCACUCGCCCGGAAGACGCCGCCAAGAGAAGGAGGAGGUUGUCCCGCGCAGCCCGGCAGGCGGCGGAGGACCUCGCGGCGGGGCGGACAGAGGGCGACGGAGAGGGCGGGGCUACUGCUGUCGUUGUUCUCCGUCUGACCGACGAAGCGCAAGAGGCGAUCCACAGAGUCCACGUGGCCUUUUUCGCCGCGGCUCGGCAUGGACCGCAGGACGUGCUGGCCGUCCUUCGCGAGGGUCUCGAUGAGGGCGUGGUGUUCGCCGGUGCCGCCGCGACCGGUGCUGGCGGACACGAAGCGAAGGGGUCUUCGAGAGGCGUUGCUGGGAAAGGGAGGAAGCGACCCGCGCCACGGGUUUUGAGCUGCGUAGAGGCGUUCGGGGAGUACUACAAGCUGGUGAGCCUUUCGGAUGCGAUGGAGUUGGCGGCUGGUGCAGGAGACCCCGGGCUAGCAUACGGCUCCCUCCAUGAGGCGAGCACGGCUCUGCUCCCAUCGGGGUGCCCCCUUUGCCGCCGAAAUCACCUUCGACACCGCACCGUAUCGGCGGAUUCGGUCGAUGGGAGGGGGGCAGCCCUGACAAGGACAACGACGACGCCCCCUUCGCACUGCGAUAUCUGCGAGCUGUCGGCGCGGGUUGUCAUGCGCGGGGUUGGUUUGAUGGAGAGAGACAAGGACUACGACAGCGCCUUCCACUACCUGGACAUACUUCUGCAGGCGUCCUCCCAGAGGCUGAGCGUCCACCGACCUCGGUACUGGCUCAGGCUGGUGACAGAUCUAGGCCACAAGAAGCGAUCGAUGGCCGCGCUGCAAGCCUGCGAGAAGGCGCUAGCAGAGGCAUCCCUGUCGCCUCCGGCGGAAUCGACGGCCGCCUCGCCGGCGGUUACGAUGAGGACCUCCGCCGUCGAAGCGGCACAAGGUGCGGAGGACCCGGACUGUUCAUUGGUCAACGAAUCGCCACGGGUGACGUCAGCCGAACCGGCCGCACCGGCGGCGGCGGCGGUGGCGGCGGCCGUUGCGGAGCAAGCGGCCGCGAUACUGCCGCUUGGGGAGUCGCUCCCCUUGCUCCGGCGAGCCAUUCGACUCGCCGUCCCUCCGCUCCGCUGGCGCAAGCGCCCGCCGCCCAAGCUGAAGGAAGCACGACUGCGCGUGAUGCAGCUCGACCUCUCGUGGCGUCGAGCGGGCGACGCCGUCGGCUCCGCCUCGAUGACGCCUACCAGAAAUCCGCCUUCCCGCCCCGCGACUGCUGCGUCUGAAGAGGGUUUUCCGGAGCGGAGAGGAGCGGGGGAAGGGGAGGGGGGGGAAGGGUCGGAGGGCGGGCAUAGGGGCGACGGGGGGAAGAGACGCAGUGGGUGUGAGGGGAGGGGGUCGGUGAGGAUUGCUCCGGGAACUAGCUUGGAACAGGCGGUGUUGAAUGCCAUGCUAGCUGAGCUUGAACCUGGUUGGAAGGGCUUGCACGCGGAGAACAGCAUUUGCUUGGGCCUGUUCGCUUUGCUCUGCUGGGACGCCCUGUUUGCACCCUUGGUGCCCGCAUCACCCGGGGAAAUCGCUGCCACGCCCAGGACCCCCGUUUGCCGGUCACGAGAACCAGUGGCCGAUACCUCGGGGGAACCUGCCCCCAUCGCCAAAGAGCCUCGUAAUGGCCAAGAAGGGGGAGAACCGCAGGACCCGCCAUGUUCGGCCAAGCCCAGUGAUCGCUGCAGAGGGCAUGCUGCACGGUCGGGAGGCUCGACAGCAGUGGCUCGAGUUGACCUCCCCGACGGUGCGUCUGCGUCCAUGGGCGGAAGCACCUGCUUUGAAGUCGAUCGGGAUGACCCUUGUCUGUCAGCGGGUGGUGAAGAAGACGGUGUUUUCUACCCUUUCCCCUCGCCGUUCCAAAGCGAGCCGGCCGACCUGAUGACUCCCGCCUUCGCCGGGCGGCGUCGUGGCCUGUUGGGUAGCGUGUUUGAGAGCAUCGAGCGCGGCGAUGCGGUCGGGAUGAUUCGCCAGGCGUGGUCGAGGCACUACGGCAAAGCUUGUACAGGUCUGAACUGGAACCUGUUUCCUGACGGAGUGGAGGGCUGGGCUACCGUGGCCUCUGCCAUUGGACCUCUGCCACUGUCGUGCAUUUGCAGAAACCUGGCUUCUAACUACUGGGCGUGGCGGCACGGCUUGCCGGACCUGCUCCUCUGGCGCGAAAACGCCGCUGCCGAACAGGCCGCCACCGCCGCAACAAGCAGCUGCCCCAUGGCGGGUUCGUCCGACCAAGACGCGAGCGAUUUUGUGGCGGACCCUGACCCUGCGGGUUCGCGUGCAACGGUCUCCUUGAAUAAUGACAAGAAAAAUGGUGGGGACCGAAUGGCUUCGACAGCGGACAUUGAAGUGCUGCCCAACAGAGACGCGCGUUGCAAGUGGGUUGAGGUCAAGGGGCCCGGGGAUAGUCUCAGCUGCGCGCAGGAGGCGUGGAUCGAUGCCCUUGUUGGUGCCGGGGCGGACGUUGCCCUGCUUCGGGUUGAGGACGACGCCGCCACUGGGUUACCUAGGUGAAAAAUCAGUCUUCAAUAAAUUCGAUAUUUGGCUAAUAUCAAUUUUUGCUCGUGUUAUGGUCUACGCAUUAAGCCAUCCAGGGCCAAGCGUGGCGUGGGCUGUUCGGCCGAGAACGGCGUUGAGGUUGGAACAGUGCCCGGCCGUGGGUGGUCCUAGAGGUUGCAGGCUGCAUGUACCCUACUGGGUUGUUUUCAAAUCAGCAUGACAAAGAUUAGUCCCGCGGAUACGGCCUUUUAGCAAUGAAUGACUGCUCGGGUCGAGCACCGAGAAAAUUUUGAAGAAAUCAUUUACGGUACAGCUGGCUGAUGUAUGCCUUGCU